CACUGUACGUAUUUUGUACAAAACCUCUUUAUCUUUGAAACAAUCUCAUCAGGUUUCGUACAGCAAGAAGCACACAACACAAAAAAUAUUUGAGAAAUUUCAAACAAAUAAUUCAAUCAUUCAAAUUAUUUUCCAUGACUAACGUUUGGUCGUAAAACAGCUCUGUCGAAAAACACAACUGCAAUUACAUCACAUAAACUGUAAAAUGGGGACCAAUCGACUGACAGGACUCCGGAACUGGCAGGCAGCUGUUUGAACUCAAUUGACAAAAUGUUAGUCUGCAUUGUUCUUCCUCUUAGACGAAGAUGAUGCAUUUUUUUAAAUGCUGCUCUGUUCACCCCCCCCGUCUCGUUUCCUCUUUCCUCUUCACCGUCUUCCUUCCGCGUGGCCACAAAAAUUCACAUAAUUGUUCACGUCUGCUGAUUAUCACAUUUGGUUUUUCCAACUUUUUUCCAACUUAUUUUUUCCUGGUGUAGGCCUAUUUUUUAAUGUAAAAUACUGAAGCCAUUACAAAAUUGUACAAACAUGAGCGAUUGUCCCAAAAGGUAGUUUUGUCCUUUUCUCUCUGCAAAGACAAAAACCAAUGGAAUUUUAAACGUUGUUUAUGAGAAAUUUAUGCCCCUAAAGGGAGUUUGGGAAACCUAAGACUUUUAGUGUGGGUAUUUGAAAAAGACAAAAGGGAAGAUGCGUUUUCGCAUUUGCUUAUUGGCAAAGAAUGUGAUUAAAGUAAGUUUCUUUUAUUCCUUAUUUUAAAAUUAAUUUUGGAUACUAUUAUCUUUGUCAUAGAGCCAUAUCUAGUCUAAAAGUUCACGUCAAAAUGAAUAUAUUUAAAACGUCUAUUAUUAAUAUGCAAAUGACGAAGGUACCUGCAAUAUUUCAUGGCGCCACUAUAUAUUUUUGAAGCCGCCUUAUUGUUCUGUUGCCUGCACACUCCAUUGUUUACUACCUAUCAUCAAAAAUCAAUUUUGAACACAAUUAGCCGCCCAUGCAAAUUUAAAUUAACCUCGAUCCCAGUGCAUGUGUGCCUGUGUGAAAUUCCCCGUGUCUGAUUCCGAUCGCUGGUAAAACCUGUCGAAACAUCGAUCGCAUACGGGCCUCAACGCGAGAUUGUCAAUAGCACUAUGCCUGCCCUGUGGCGGUUUUCAUUCACCGAGAAUGGGCUGUCCUUUCUGACCUGCGCACGAGCGAUCACGCACAAGCCUCUCUGCAUGAAAAUGAAAUAAUUAUUAAGCAGUACUACAAUGAUAAAUCGUGAAGUGAACGCCUCACUCACUCACUCAGAAAGUGCGGAUGUCCUCACACUCUGUGUGCAUAGGGCAGAUGUUUUCUGUGUUAUAUAUAUUGUCUACAUAUAUUUUUCGUAUUAACUCCCACCAGCUCACGAUAUUUUGUAGAUUGUGGCUCGGGAGGUACUAGAGAAAAGACGCCAGCUUGCUGUCAAAGGUCUUGAUGGAGAUUAUUCUACAUCUCGUCUGGUCCACUGCGGCAACCGAUCAGUCAAGCUAACUUAAAAGGACUACAAUGAAUUCGGCACAACCACUCGCAGUCAUGUUUAUUAAGGCCACGACUUCUUAAGCACCGGCAGCUCGGUCGUGCGAAACGCAUCAUCCACGGAUCUUGUGGGAUCUGCAGAAUACAAACGCAACUGAUGUAAAAAAAAAAAACAUCGUUUUUGGAAGUCUCAUCACAACUUUUCGCAGGGUAGACUAGCUGUAGACGAGACAAGUUGAAUGUGGAGAAACAUCCGAGGGAAGCAUCUGUGGUCAGCCAAACGACGGUGACCGAUAGAAUCAGUCGUUAUCAGUUAGUCCCAUCGAUGACUGCUGCCUAGCCGAACUACGAUACCCGGAGGCACACCAAACCGACUUAACCAUCAUCGUCAUCAUCAUCAUCAGCCCCGGUCCGCGUGCCGGAUCUCCAGUCCACAGCAUUAACUCUGCCAGAAGGACUCAUCACACCCACCGGGAGAAACUGCAUCAGUGUGGGCAGUCUCUGCUGAUUACUACUCUGUGGUGUCAGUCCGGCCAGUACGGCCAGCAUCCCUUAAUCUAGGAAAUCUGAUCCCGAUCCCCUCCACCAUUUCUGCAACCUCUCGGCUCAUACGCGUGUCUCGAUUUCCAUACGCCUGUAGGGUCACCAUUGCCGUAUCAUAGAGGGUCAGCUCAAGGGUCGGGAAGCAGCCUUAUUUACGAGACCGUGUCUGAGCUAACCCCGGUCUGAUUUCUUGACACCCUGUGUACCAAGACUUCGAGACACAUCUUUCAUCAUGAUGCCCAUCAAGACUGUCUCCUGUCUGUUUCCCGCUCUGCUUCUCAUCCUUACGAUUCUCUCCGAGUGUGCAGGUCAGUCAGGUCUUGGUUGGUGGGAUAUAUGGCAGUACGAUGGAUUACAAGGUCCGCAAUACUGGGGCAAAUCGCACUCAGCAUGGCUUAUGUGUUCAGAAGGAAAGCUACAAUCUCCUAUAGACUUGAGUGCAGAAAGACUCCUAUACGAUCCGGAUUUACAGAGGUUUGAGGUUGAGGCACCUCUGCGGACAUCAGGUGUAAUUCAGAAUACUGGACGGCGUGUGGUGUUCUCGUUGGACCGGUCGACUCCAGUGGUCCGCAUUUACAGCGGCCCACUUAACUACAGAUAUAAUCUACAUGAGAUUGAGCUGAAAUUCGGCGAUGAUGACAGUCAUGGAUCAGAACACACAGUUAAUGGAAAAGCUUUCCCAGUCGAGGUUCAACUUACGUUUUAUAAUGAGCGGUAUGGUUCUUACGACAAGGCGGAGGAAUCAGUACAAGGGCUUGUCAAGUUGGGAAUUUUCGUUUUACCUUGGAAUGAAACAAGUCGAGGUCUCAGCAAAUUAACAGCAAUUGACGUAGUAAAAGAUAUCGUUUAUCGAGGUGAUGAGGUGAACGUAACAAAUUUUAACGUAAAACAGCUACUUCCCAGGACAUUUGAAUAUUUGACCUACGAGGGCUCCUUGACGAUACCUGGAUGCUUUGAGACAGUUACGUGGAUUAUAAUGAAUAAACCUUUACGUAUCAGCAGAUAUCAGCUAAAUAGUUUGCGAGAGUUGGUUAGAGACUACAAGGACGACGAAACAUUUCGGCCAUUUCAGAAUACUUUUCGACCGCUCCAGCCUCUUGGACGGAGAGCAAUCAGAACAAACGUCGCCAAGAGAGUGGAGGACCCGGAGUUUGAUAAGGCUUGCCCGAAAUCAAGAAGACAGAUCAAAUAUAAAGUCAACACAACCCCUUGACCGAGGAAUGCCGACCAUUAGAAGAAAACACUCCAUAACUUUAGGAGAUGACUCCAGAAGUUCUAUUCAGGAGUCGUCAUGUAUUAAUUUCCUGAUGGGAUUUCAAGCUAUUAAUUUCCUUUUCUAAAGUUUUUAUUUCUAAAUAAAUUUGAUUACAGGGUGACUUAAGAUAUUACUUUAUAGUUAAAGCUUGAUUAAGUGGUUCAGGAAGGUGUAAUUAUGCGUUCAGUGACAAGUUACACGUUUACCUUGUGAAGAUAAAUUUGAGGUUCCAUGUGAGUCUUACUCCAAGUUACUGGAUGAAGCCAUGUGUUUAGGUUUGAUGACCACUUGAUAUAAAAAAAUGUUAACUACGUAUUUUUUUCAGAUUUAAAGUGUGUUCAUUUUAAUUACGAUAAUUAUUUUCCCUCUGUCUGCACUGGGUUUUAAAUUAAUCCUAAGAGUUUGUAAACAUACUGAUAAAUCAUACUGAUAAAUUGUCAUUGAAAAACAGUUUGAAAUCACUUUAUAUACAUGUACACAUAAAUGUACAUGUGUAAAAAAAAUCCGAAAUGGCAUGAUUGACAGAAAGUAUCACGUGGGCGUUAUGCAUGAGUUAAAAAAUUAAAGCUUUGUAAAACUGUGUGAUGGCGAGUCAGGUAUCUGAAUGUCAGAAAAUCUUCACAUUUCUGUCGACAAGAUUGUUUUCAACUCGACAGUCCGUCUUUUCUUAAGCAUCUACUUUAAUCUUUACCUUCCGUCCUUGUAUCUUCUCCACCAACAUCUGUACUCAUUUCUCAUCACUCUAUCCAUUCAUCUGCGUCUAAACCACUUCUUCUUCAUCCUCAUCGUCUGCGUCUUGGGUCUUCAUCCUCUUACAUACCUGAUUUCUCCAUUAUCUCCGCGGAGAUUGCUAAGCUCAAUUCUCCUGGUGACACGCAAACGGGAGGACAACGAGGUGGCGUGUUUCCUUUCAUCGCAUGGCCCAAGGUCAUGACAGGAAGUUGGGGUGAGCUAGAUUACCUAUGGUGAUACAGGUAGCCGGGGAGGAUACCUUGCAUAUACGUAAUGUGUACAGUAACAUGUGAUACACCUUGUAGUACUGCUCGCAGUGUUGAAAAAACAUUGCAGCAUGCAUGAAAUAUCAUGAGCUGCCCAACUGUUGCAGUUACUGGGCACAUCAGUAGCGUUGGGAACACUUGUUUCACUUUCCAAUAUUGAAGGAGGCAUAAGGGGAAGGUGGGCUGCACAUGGUUGUCUUGGAUGCAAAACCUCUCCAUGGAGGGAACACCAAGAGGGAAGCAUCCCCACCCAACCACACACACAACCACGCACCCGAACUGGUUUUCUACCAGUAUGUGCAAGGGCACUUGAAAAGACAGGUUGCACAAGUAAGUCAAAACAGUCGCUUGGGAAUGAAUAAUUCGGUGUAUCGGGUAUUGAGAAAAAUUAGGUGUCUUUGGGUGUUCGCUUUUGGCCCAACAUUCAUCCCAGGAUCCCUCUGCUGCACAACACUUGCGUUACAAUUUAGGCUUAUCUUCCUCAAGGCCGGUUCAUCCUGCAGGCGAAUACGAAAGCGAAGCGCAUUCGACGUCAUGAAAAAAUCUCAGCGAAAUUUUGAUCGGGUUGAAAUGUGUUCGACUUUUACGAAUUUGCAUGCGAUUUUUUUAUCUGACGUUUGUGUUCGCUUUCGCGCAAAAUUUGAACCGACCUUUACACUGGUAGUAAUUCUCAUUAAAUUAGAAAUAGAUCAGAGUCGCCUUAAUCUGUUAAAAUUGAAAUUAAGUAACAACUAAGGUCUGAUAACAACGGAGCAACAUCUUUAAAGACCUGCCUGUAAUUGCAACGUAAUGAAAUGUGUAGUGCAAAUGUAACAGACAUUCGGAACUAAUAAAGAAUUCAGUAAAGUAUGCUAGUGAUGAUGACAAUAUUGGUAUGAUCCAAAUACAUGUACCUCCCUUUAAUUUGUGGCCCUUUCAAAAUGUCCCAUUGGGUGAGACAAACUUUCAAAUUAUGUAGCUGUUCGUGACCCCUUCUCAGUUAAUACCCUGGUUCUUCUUUAGUGUGGAACUGACCUUUGACCCAAAGAACCCACAACCCUGCGCAGAUACAGUUACCCGUGUUAUGUAGUUAACUUUUGUACAAAAUGUAAAAUAAAGAUGAGUGAUUUUAUAGAUCUUUAAUUUAAUCGUUUAUGAGUUGGCCCUGAAACUUGCUUCUAUCAAUAAUAUGAGGGUUUCCUCUUGUCAUACGUUUGCUUGACGAUAGAUAUCCUGUAUAUUGAAAGAAUAGAAUACUUUUGUUUGCACGUUGUUAGCAAUAAAACUUAAUUUUGUCAUACGAUUUGAUCAAGUUGGAGUAGAAUAUGUACUAAAACAUAAUUCUAAUGUGUUAUUAUGUUUUCCUGUAAUGGUUUAGAAAAUAGAAACUUCUUUUCAGCUGAAAAAAAGUGAAAUUCUUAUAUAUUUCGUGUAUAUGUUCUGAGCGCAAUAAUUUUCUAUGCAUCAACAAGUGUUUUAAGAGUAGCGUUUUUUCUGUUCAGUUGUACACCAAAUACACGCAAAGUUGAUACUAUAGACGGUAUUUCAUUUGGAUAAAAAUACAUUUUCUUGGAAGCAGAUUUUGUGGAUUUUCCAAUGGUUGUAAAUCUUAUAUGUAAAUCAGGUAACGAGCAAAUGCUAUUCUGGUUGGGCGAAGACUGCACAAAAUAUUUAUGGAUUGUUACAUGUACCUAGAAAUCAGACAUUAGUAUUCCACAAGGGGUAUGACACUGGAUAAUUUAGUAAUGAAAAAUAAGUUCAUUCAGGAUAAAUUUCGUCUCUCAACGUACCAGUCUCUUCAAACGGAAUCAAGAGAAAAAGAAAUAUGCAUAAUUUGGGUAGGGAAUUAAUCUAGAUAAAAUUUACUAUUGAUUUCUAAUUGAGACUAACGUAUUUUGUGAAAUUGAUGUAAUUUUACGGAAUUACGACUCGCAUCCAACAUCAAGAUGUUGGUAUCAACAAAGAUACAGAAAAGCGACAUUUGCCUCCCUGUGGAAUAAAGUUUGGAACUUUAAUGUGUACAGUGUAAUUACUGGCAUGAAUUUUGGAAUUGAUAUCACUAAAUUAUCAAUCAUCUGUUGACAAGAA